UCCAUUCACGGACAUUAACUCGGAAUUUCUCAUGUUAAAAAAAACACCCUGAGACAUUUUUGUUGCCGGUCACGCUGAGUCAGUCCGGAUCGGUGAUAGACUCAGCAAGAUGACUCAUUUGCACUCGGUAAUUUGACCCAGCUGCUCUCGCUGGUUCAUCCUUUGCUAAAUCCACACUCUCACUCUUCAGGUAUGAUCUGGGCAUGAGAUGCAGACCCAGCUUUCAGUCUUUACGUGAGAGUUCUGCCAAUAUGUCCCAGAUCUGAGACAAGUAGUCAAGUCAAAUUGCAAAAGCAUUGACAUGGCUUAAUGAGUAGUUCUGAUAAGGCCUGUCAUUGGCGAUUGUUACUUCACCAUCUUUUCGGAAAAUGAGCGAACUCUUCAGUGACACUUCGUGCAGACAACUAUCUCAAUUUAUUGUUGCUAUAAUUUUUUUUCAUGUUUCGGAGUAUAUUCUAGCCGUCUGUAGUCAAGGGAGAUCAAAUGUGACUCUGAAAUCUCUUUUGAUCAGCAAAAAUUAUGUUGUGGCAAUGAUAUGCUCGUUGCUUGAGUACUGGCUUGAAAUCACCUUUUUUCCCGGAUUGAAAGAGUAUUGGUGGGUAAGCAACUCAGGCCUUUUCAUGGUUGUCUUUGGAGAAACGAUACGGAAAGUGGCAAUGGUAACAGCUGGUCAUGCUUUCACACAUUUGAUUAAAACCCGUCAUGAGGAGCAACACAGACUAAUAACUCACGGAAUUUAUGGAUUUUUGAGGCAUCCAGGUUAUUGCGGCUUUUUCAUCUGGUCAGUUGGCACUCAGAUUAUGCUGUUGAAUCCCAUUUGUACCCUAGCAUUUGCUGUGGUUGUUUGGAAGUUCUUUGCUGGACGCAUACCAUAUGAAGAAUUUUUCUUGAGACAGUUUUUUGAUGAUGAAUAUGAAGAGUAUGCUCAAAGGGUCCCGUCUGGUGUACCAUUUGUGAAGUGAAGAUCUUUCCUUGUCUAUCAUUCAUGCUUUCAUCAGUCAUCGACAUGAUUUUCUAAGAAGCAGGUUAGCAGUUCCCAACCCUACUGAGUACUACAAGGAUUUGAUUAGAAUGCAUAGUUACUGAAAUUCUCUUUUGUUUACAUGGUGUAGCAUGUUGACACAUGUAUUAUGAUUUAAAAUUUUGCAUUUCUAGUUUUUUUGUUGGGUGAUUUCCAUGUACUUUUACUGGUGUGGUAGUUAAAGGUUGACACGAACAAACUUUUAUGCUUUAUUUCCAAUCGCUCAUGGGUUUAAGGAGUGUAGCUCUUUGUACUUGUUUCA